GGGACCACUUUUGGAUUGUGAGUGUUACUUUCAGAACGUCUGGCUAAAAAGUAUACAAAAGUAUCAGAUAAUCUCUUUAAACAUUCGGCAGCCCCCUAGGUGUCUCACUUUCGCAGUGUUUGCAUGGAUUCAAGGGAAAGAAGAGUGACUCGGUGCGUUGACGUCACCGUUGUGUUGAUUUGCUAACACGAAAGAAGAGAGGAGUUAGUGCGUGUGAGAGCGGGUACUGUGAACUGCAUUACUAUGCUGUAGCCCAAUAACCACACAUUCGGAAUCAAAACGUGCAACUUAGAUUGACCUUAUCUUGUUUACAAAGAUACCGGUAAGUGAACAAACUGCUGAGGAGUGAAAGCAAGCCUCAUGAGUUGGCCUGGCGGAUCUCAGCGACGUUAUGGAUUUGACUAAAAUGGGUAUGAUCCAGCUCCAGAACCCUAACCACCCCACGGCCCUGCUGAAGAAGGCUAACCAGAUGCGUCUGGCAGGAACCCUCUGCGAUGUGGUCAUCAUGGUGGACAGCCAGGAGUUCCAUGCUCAUCGGACUGUGCUGGCCUGCACCAGCAAGAUGUUUGAGAUCCUGUUUCACCGCAACAGCCAGCAUUACACCCUGGACUUUCUUUCACCAAAGACCUUCCAGCAGAUACUGGAGUAUGCCUACACUGCCACACUCCAGGCCAAAGUGGAAGACCUGGACGACCUACUGUACGCAGCAGAGAUUCUAGAAAUUGAGUACCUGGAGGAGCAAUGCCUCAAGAUCCUGGAGACAAUCCAGUCCUCAGACGACAACGACACGGAGGUCAACAUGAACGAUGAAGGCACGGAGGAAGACGAUGAGCGCAAGGGCAGGCAAGGAGGGAAGACCGCCAAGAAGCAUUCCAUGGAGGGGAGCUACCAUUCAGCUGUCCAGCAAGCCUCGGCCCUGGCCAGCAUGGUGGACCAGAGCCCCUCUGUCUCCACAUCCUUCGGGCUCUCCACCAUGAGCCCAACCAAAGCUGCCGUGGACAGCCUGAUGAGCAUAGGCCAGUCCCUCCUGCAGCAGGGCUUUGGGGGCGAGCACCUGACUCAAGGAAACUCCCACCACCAAUUGAUGACCGAGAUCAAGACCGAGAUGAUGCAAGUGGAUGAAGGCGGAGGCCACGGGAGCCCCAGAACCAUGGAGUCCAGCGCCUCCAGCAAUGGCAAAAGGAGCGGCGAGUUGGACAAGAACCGUGAUGGCCCCGGGACUCCAACCAGGAGCAGUGUGAUCACAAGCGCCCGCGAGCUGCACUACGUCCGGGAGGAUGGCAUGGGCGACUCCCAAGCAGAUGGCGGCCAAAUGGGUCUGGAAGCCAUGGCGGGUAUGACAGGCAUGACCGAGAAACACCUGGCCUCCUUGUACUCGCUGCCUACCAAUCAUAAAAAUGAGGCUAUGCUAUCCAUGCCGGCCUCCAUGGCCUCUUCUCUCCAUAUGUCCCCUGCCCUGGCCAUGUCCAUGGAUUUCAGUGCCUACGGGGGACUUCUGCCCCAGAGCUUCAUCCAAAGGGAGUUCUUCAACAAGUUGGGGGAGCUGGCUGCCGGUAUGAAGCCAGACGGUAGGAACCAGCAUGAACGCUGCAACGUGUGUGGCGCAGAGCUACCAGACAACGAAGCUGUGGAGCAACAUAGGAAGCUGCACAGCGGAAUGAAGACCUAUGGAUGUGAGCUUUGUGGGAAACGCUUUCUGGACAGCCUACGCCUUAGGAUGCACUUGCUGUCUCACUCAGCUGGUGAGAAGGCCAUUGUCUGUGACCAGUGUGGGGCCCAGUUCCAGAAGGAGGAUGCUCUGGAGGCUCACAGACAGAUCCACACAGGCUCGGACAUGGCCAUCUUCUGCCUGCUGUGUGGGAAGCGCUUCCAGGCGCAGCCGGCACUGCAGCAACACAUGGAGGUCCACGCCGGUGUGCGCAGCUACAUCUGCAGCGAGUGCAACCGCACCUUCCCCAGCCACACGGCACUCAAACGUCACCUUCGCUCUCACACAGCAGGUGACCAUCCAUAUGAGUGCGAGUUCUGUGGGAGCUGCUUCCGUGACGAGAACACUCUGAAGGGCCACAAGCGCAUCCACACCGGGGAAAAGCCCUAUGAAUGUAACGGCUGUGGGAAGAGGUUCAGCCUCAAGCACCAGCUGGAGACUCACUACCGCGUGCACACAGGUGAGAAGCCGUUUGAGUGCAAGCUGUGCCACCAGCGAUCCAGGGACUACUCGGCCAUGAUAAAACACCUGCGCACCCACAACGGUGCCUCGCCGUACCAAUGCACCAUCUGCCUGGAGUACUGCCCCAGCCUCUCAGCCAUGCAGAAGCACAUGAAGGGCCACAGGCCCGAAGACAUCCCCCCGGACUGGAGGAUAGAGAAGACCUACCUGUACCUCUGCUACGUCUGAUGCCACCAGACAACAGCCGGGGGGAAGGAGGGCGGGCAGAGGAAGUGGGGAAGGGAGCGAGAGAAGGAGAAGGAGGAGUAGGAGGAAAACGAGGCCUGUGGCGAAGAAGUCAAGCGAGGAAAUCCAUGAGACGGAAGCACAGGCGAUUUUCUAAUGCAAAGAGAGUGAAUGACAGAGGGGCACACUGAGGAAAAGGGCUGGGCUAGGCAGAGUGCAGUUCUGACCAGAGGACAUUACCCCUUCAAAGUCACAUGUCGUUCAGUACAUCCAUAAACGUUUUGUUUCAAGUUGUUUUCAAAUUGCCUAAUGCAAAACCUGUGGGUGUACCCUCAUCGAUGGACCCGCAUCAAUGGAGUUUGUUGUCCUUAAGUCUACCCACAGACUCGAAAGAUGUCACCCAAGCCACACCUGAAACUGAACUGAAAUGAUUCUCAAAGGCUAUAUGAACCCACACAUCCCCAUCAUUUAGACCACUGGCCAUCCCUAAAUGUAGUUUUGACACCCUCACCUUUUCUGGUAAGGGAUUGUAUCCUACUGUAACUUGGUGGGUCAAUCCUCUCAUUACCUGAUACUACAGAUCCCUUCCUGAUUUGAUUGGAUUACACUAGACACCAAGUCAUGUCCUGCUUGAGGAACAUGUCACAGUUGACCCCUACUACCCAUCCCAUUGUUUACCAGAGUGCUCCAAAAUGGUAUCUUCAGACCUGGUGGCACAGAGCACUUACAGUGGUGUCAUUCAGAUAGCCCUCGAGAAUCAGAGCCUAAAGGCUGGCUCAUGUGUCACAUGUCAGCCAGACCUAUGGCAAAAUAGCACCAUGUAUUGUACUGCAUCAACAUAAGCAAAGUUGAAUUGGAUUGGGGCACAACACCCCUGUACCCACGCAGAGGGUUAUCUUUUGUUCAGCAAGGGAGAUGAACAGAGGAUGAUAUUCCCAUAUCGAAAAUGUCCUCUUCCCGGUGAGCUUCCAGGGUUCUGUUGGAUAAGGGCUGAAAACGGCUGAGGCCACUAGUCGGGUUUCGCCGUAGCCUCUCGGGAGUCGAACCAUGACUGUCACUUUUUUAUUCUCCUUAUCUUUGUCUCCGCAUCAGUUUAUCAUAGCUUCAUUGCACAGGUAAAGACAUGUUACGACAGCAGUCUCUGUUUGAUGUUUCUUAUAUCAGAUAUAUUUUUAAGGGGAAGCGAAGCCGCUGCUCUGUUUUCUCUUAAACCAUGAGUCUCUAUACAGCAUUAACUGGAGAUGUCUCAUUUCUUUCCGCUAUAGAUACUGGACUGAUAUAAAUGUAAGCAGAUCAUCAUCAAUUACACUAAAUUGCAGUACGUUGUCUGACUCAUAACAUUAACUAUUUUCUCACAUUAAUAAUCUCAUAUUCUCUAUAUGCCAUGGUGAUGGAGACCAAAAUGACAAAGGCUGCUGUGGAUUGAGGUCAGGAGCUAUGACGUGGAGGGGUAGCACCAGUAAAACCUCCAAGGGGUGGUUGUAAUGCCUUCAUGAUGCGACUAUAAGGAGAUAUGGCACUUGUUAUAACAGAUCGUAUGUACUGUUAUGAGGAGUAUAACCAUGAAUGUGAUACCAGGUGGAAAAUUGUUUCAUAAAAUUGUAAUAGUGCUAUAUCAAUAAAAUAUGUUGUCAUAACCUGUUGACAAGCAUUAUAUCUGUUCAUAUGGCAGCAUAAUGAAGGCAUUAUGAGCAUCACUGUCAGUUCAAUGUUAAUUGGGAUAAUCACACUCAACUAUUAGCAGGGGGGG